AUGAAUCAAAAACUAGUUGGUCUUGUGACCACAUUUUCUGCUGUUUCGUUAGUUUUUGCCUGGUAUUUUACGAUUGCUAUUUUGGCUGAAAUCAACGAAUUCCAAUCAGAAAUUCAAAAGGAUCUCGGAUAUAUUCGAGACUUUAAUGAAGAUGCCUGGAGCACAAUGCAGACAUCCGAACCAUCAUUGUUGAAUUUCUUGCGACGCAAGAAACAAGCUGGAUAUGCAUUUGUAAGCGGCCAUCACCCAGAAAUCUCACACUGCAAUUGUGGACCGAUAUCUGCUGUAUGUCCCAGAGGACCACCUGGACCAGCCGGAGAUGACGGAGAUCCUGGAGUUCCUGGAUUAGAUGGAGACGACGGAACCCCAGGAUUGGAUGGCCUUAAACAAAUGGCAAUGGAAGCUUCGUUCGGAGAAUGCAUCAAGUGCCCAGCCGGACCACCUGGAUCUCCUGGAGCUAUUGGUCCCCCGGGAACAGUCGGCCUUCCUGGAUUACCUGGAGAAGACGGUGAAGAUCCGACAGAAGGCGCACCAGGACCGCCAGGGCUUCCCGGACGACCGGGAUACGACGGAAAACCAGGAUGUUCGGGAGAUGAUGGACCGCCUGGUAAAAACUUUCAAAAGUUCAUCAAUCUCCCAGGUGAACCGGGUCCUCCGGGACCUCCCGGAAGACCAGGGCGAAAAGGAGAAAAUGGAAAAAGUUCGUACGGUUCUCCGGGUGCUAUGGGUCCAACGGGUCCACCUGGUAAUCCAGGUUCUCGGGGUAUCGAUGGAGGAAAUGGACCAAACGGAAGUGAUGGAUUACCGGGAGAAGAUGGACAGUAUUGCCCUUGUCCACCACGAACGCCGUCCAGAGGAGAAACGAUUGAAAAAGAAGAAACCUCUGGAGGAUAUAUCGUUUUCCGGAAUUAA